AUGAGGGAUCACAAUACUAUAGUGCGAGGGACUAUCUCCACUGCAAACUUUCAAAAGAUUUAUAUAGACUACAACAUAAGUGAUCCCAUAUAUGACAUCUCGGUGAUUUACUUUGAUGAAGGUCGGAAGUUUGACAAGGAUAUCACUGUUGGCCUUAUUAGCAGUGAAUUGCUGAACCUUGCGGAGUAUAAUGUUCACAUGGCAAAGCUUCUUGACAAGCGGCUAGUGAAUUUUCCAUAUCCCUCAUACAAUCCUUUGGUGAUUAACGAUUCUAGGGCCAUAUCGAAACUUCAUAAUCUUGUUGAUGCACUGGCAAAGCUUGCGCCAAGACCUGGUUCUCCUGAGUCAUUACAACAGCUGGUUGAGAUUGCCAGGAACCCUACUGCUAGUGCCGCUGCUUUGUCUGGCAUAACUGUUGGCAAGGAGGAUACUAAUGCUCAAUCUAGAAAUGAGAAGGCAACUGGACAGUCUCUAGCAGGUUGGGAAGACUACGAUGUUGCAGAUUUGUUUGAACCAGAUCCUGCUGGUUUUGAGCAGACUGGACAAGAACAGUGUUGUGUAGCUGACACUAGCUUUAAAUUUCGUGGCACAAAUGAUGCAGCUUGUGACCACUAUGUCUUAAAGUUGCAGUGGAGUGGACUGCUGAAAGGGGGGAUGAUAUGUCAGAUUGCUUUUUCAGCCAUCUCAUGGUGGCUUUUCUCCUCUGAUGAACUUUCUGUAUCACAUUGCCUUUCUUCCUGGGUGAUUAGUUCCAGCCCUCACCAAUUGCACCACCAAUUACAGCCACUAUCUGUCCUUGCUAUUGAUAUUUAUGCGAAACUUGUCUUCUCCAUUGUGAAGUUCUGUCAUGCAGACCAAGGAUCAAGUAAACUAUAUCUUGUGCACAAGGUUUUAGUCCCAAUUGAAAAGUUCUUUAAUUUGCUGGCCAUAUUUCAGAUUAUUCAUCACCCGCUGUUGGAUUUGAUUUCCCUGGAUCAUGUGUUUGAUGGUGCAAGCUUUCAGGUUCUGACAUCUUUAGCCAAUGCAUUUCAUGCCUUACAGCCCCUUAAAGUUCCUGGAUUCAGGUCAUUAGCGGCAAUGCCAGAGGUGCUGCUUUUCUUUCAUGAAUUGAAAGAUGAUUUUGCAUGGCUACCUGUGCAAAAUUUGCUAUUACACAUACUUCUUCAAAAGUUUCAUGCCAAAAUUGCUCACAGUAAAUCAUCAAAAGGGGUGGCGCUGGUUUCAACGUCUGCUGGUAGACUGGUUCCAGUUCUUGGAACCAUUUUUGAGGAAUGCUGGGCUAGGGGAGCCACUGCAGCUGAUGGUACCUUGCUUUUCUUUUUCUUUGUGUCUGUAUCCAGUUUCAUUUUCUGUAUAAAGGCACACUGGGUGUUGUUAGUGCUGCUUCAUGAUUUCCCGGAAUUCCUUUGUGAUCAUCAUUUCAGCUUCUGUGAUGUCAUUCCUCCAAGCUGUAUUCAAAUGCGAAAUAUAAUCCUCAGUGCUUUUCCCUGCAAUAUGAGGCUACCAGAUCCAUCCACCCCAAUCUUAAAGUUUUGUGAGGAGGCGGUGAAUGAAUGGAAUCAAGACUUGAAUGAGGUGACCGAGGCAAAGAAGAGGGCAGCCACAAAGGGAAGUCCAUGGUUGUGA